AUGAGGUUACAGGUUGCCCUUGUUCUCUUUUUGGCCCUGGGUUUGGCUCAAGGGUUCUUUUUCAAAAAGAGGCGCCCCAUACGCUAUAGACCUAGUCAUGGUCACCAAAGGCCCAGCUAUGGUCCUCCAAGGCCCUCUUAUGGGCCUCCUAAACCCAGCUAUGGAGCACCCAAACCUUCCUAUGGAACUCCCCAUGCAAAACCCAGUUAUGGUCCCCCAAAACCCAGUUAUGGUCCCCCAAAGCCCAGCUAUGGGGCUCCAGAGGCUAAACCUAGUUAUGGAGCGCCUCAAGCUAAGCCAAGUUAUGGCGCCCCUCAUAGCGGAUCAGGAUCUUCAGGAUACGCCGCACCUCAAUCAGGUGGUGGGCACUCUCAUGGAGGUUCCAGCUCUGGUGGACACUCCUCUGGAUCUUCUGGAUACUCGGCUCCUCAAUCAGGUGGUGGGCACUCUCAUGGAGGUUCUAACUCCGGUGGACACUCCUCUGGAUCUUCUGGAUACUCGGCUCCUCAAUCAGGUGGUGGGCACUCUCAUGGAGGUUCCAGCUCUGGUGGACACUCCUCUGGAUCUUCUGGAUACUCGGCUCCUCAAUCAGGUGGUGGGCACUCUCAUGGAGGUUCUAACUCCGGUGGACACUCCUCUGGAUCUUCUGGAUACUCGGCUCCUCAAUCAGGUGGUGGGCACUCUCAUGGAGGUUCUAACUCCGGUGGACACUCCUCUGGAUCUUCAGGAUACUCCGCACCUCAAUCGGGUGGUGGUCAUUCACAUGGAGGUUCCAGCUCUGGUGGACACUCCUCUGGAUCGUCUGGAUACUCUGCUCCUCAAUCGGGUGGUGGUCAUUCAAGCUCUGGAUCGUCUGGAUACUCUGCUCCUCAAUCUAGUGGUGGACAUUCCAGCUCUGGAUCUGCCAGUUAUUCAGCUCCUCAAAGUAGUUCCAAUUCAUAUUCCUCUCCACAGGCAAGUCACAGCAGUAGUUCAAGUCAGCCCAGCUAUUCUGCGCCUGCCACGUCGUCAAGUUAUUCCAGCCCAUCAUUGCCCAGUUACUCUUCAUCUUCCUCAUCCUCUUCGCAUUCAAGUGGACAACAGUCUGGAUAUAAGGCUGAUCCUGGCCAAAACGUCAAAGUUGAUUAUUCUGGGUGGAAGCCUCUUAACGAAGGCCAAUCAGCUCCGGCGCCCUCUUACGGUGCUCCAGAAACUCCAAUUGUUACCAUUGAAAAUGCCUACAGCUCCCCUGCCGCAAGCUACAGCCCUCCAAGUAAUUCUUACGGCGGCCCAGAGCCCAUUACCGCAGCGCCCAAUGUUGACAGCUAUGGCUCUCCCCAAGCUGCUCCAACUUACUCGGCACCAGCCUCAUCAUCCUACGGCUCCUCAUCAAGCUCUGCUAGUUCAUCGUCGAGUUAUUCUUCUCCUUCUGGAUCCUCGUCAUCUUACAGUGCUCCAUCCUCCACAGGAUCACAAGAUUCAUAUGGAUCGCCAAGUGCCACCCCAGUCCAAUCAACUGGCAACUCAUACACAUCACCAUCACAACCAUCUUAUGGUGCUAGUUCCCCUGACAACUCUCAAGAUAGCUAUGGGUCCCCUGCUGGUAGUCCAGUCCAAUCCUCUGGAAACAGUUACUCAUCCCCAGCUCAAGCGUCAUAUGGAUCAUCAUCAAGCAGUGUCUCUAGUGGAUCCCAAGACACUUAUGGCUCACCCAGUUCUUCACCUAUCACAUCUUCCAGUAGUCCGUCGUACUCAGCUCCUGCUCAAGCCUCAUAUGGAUCCUCCUCCAGUGGGUCGCAAGACUCUUAUGGCUCACCAAGCUCUACCCCUGUUGGUUCAGCUAGCAGCUCUUCCUAUGCAGCCCCAGCCCAAGCCUCAUACGGAGCCUCUUCAAGCAGCAGCUCAGGUUCGCAGGACUCCUAUGGUUCUCCAAGUUCUGCUCCUGUUGCAUCUUCUAACAGUCCCUCCUACUCUGCUCCUGCUCAAUCAUCAUAUGGAUCGUCUUCUUCCAGUAGCAGUUCUGGAUCCCAGGAUUCAUAUGGCUCUCCAAGCUCUGCUCCUGUUGCAUCUUCAAACAGUCCUUCCUACUCUGCUCCUGCUCAACCAUCAUACGGAUCGUCUUCUUCCAGUAGCAGUUCUGGGUCCCAGGAUUCAUAUGGCUCUCCAAGCUCUGCUCCUAUUGUAUCUUCUAGCAGCCCCUCGUACUCAGCCCCUGCCCAAGCCUCUUAUGGAUCUUCAAGCAGUAGCUCUGGAUCGCAAGACUCCUAUGGUUCCCCUAGCUCUUCCCCAGUAGUAUCUUCCAGCAGCCCUUCAUACUCAGCCCCUGCCCAAGCUUCAUAUGGAUCUUCCAGCAGUAGCGCUGGAUCGCAAGACUCUUAUGGUUCCCCUAGCUCUUCUCCUGUAGUAUCUUCCAGCAGCCCUUCAUACUCAGCCCCUGCCCAAGCUUCAUACGGAUCUUCCAGCAGUAGCGCUAGCUCGCAAGACUCUUAUGGUUCCCCUAGCUCUUCUCCUGUUGUGUCUGCUAGUAUUCCCUCCUAUGCAGCCCCAGCCCAAGCCUCAUACGGAUCCUCUUCAAGCAGUGGCUCAGGAUCACAGGAUUCCUAUGGUUCUCCAAUUUCUUCCCCUGUAGUAUCUGCCAGCACUCCCUCCUACUCAGCUCCUGCUCAAUCAACAUAUGGAUCAUCUUCUUCAAGUAGCAGUUCUGGAUCCCAGGAUACAUAUGGCUCUCCAAGCUCUACCCCUGUUGUAUCUUCCAGCAGCCCCUCGUACUCAGCCCCUGCCCAAGCCUCUUAUGGAUCUUCAAGCACUAGCUCUGAAUCGCAAGAAUCUUAUGGCUCUCUGAGCCCUUCAUCUGCGUCGAAGGGAACAAAUUCGUACUCAGCCCCAGUCGAACAAUCAAGCUAUGGGUCAUCUCAAGACAUCACUAUCACCGCUGAUACACCAGUAUACUCUAGUCCUGUUCCUGUCCCUUCGUAUGGCUCAGUUGGACAACUUUUGAGCAACACCAACUCCUAUUCUGUCCCUGAUCAAGAAACUGCUGGUUCAUCACAGGAAACAUAUGGAUCACCUAAGUCAUCCCCUGUUUCAACUAGUCAAGACACCUAUGGUUCAGCUGCCUCCUCUUCCAGCUCCUCUUACUCCUCACCAAGUCAACCCCAAAAUCAGGAAACUUAUGGAUCGCCUCAAGCCUCGCCAGCAGACUCCUCCAGCUCCUCUUACUCUUCACCAAGUCAGCCCACAUACCGAGACGAACCCCAAAAUCAGGAAACGUAUGGAUCGCCCCAAUCCUCUCCAGUGACUUCAUCCAGCUCAGGCAACUCUUAUUCCGCCCCGAAUCAAUCGACGUACGGUGCUGCUGAAGCUGCUGAACCAGACUACUCUGCACCUGUCAGUUCCAAUAGCCCAAGCUCUUAUGGUGCACCUGAGGCCUCCAAUGAUAAUAGCUACAAUGCCCCAGCAGACACAGCAUCGUCUAGUUCUUACUCCUCCCCUCCUCAGGAGAGUUCUGACUCAUAUGAGGCCUCAUCGGGCAUUCAACCCAGAGCUCAGGCUCCUGUUGAUGAAUAUGGAUCUCCAUCAGAAUCGAGCAGUUCCUACGCAGCACCAGAGGAACAGGAGACUUAUGGCAGUCCCGAGGCCCCUGUUGAAGACAGUUAUGGCUCACCUUCCUCCUCCUCUAUCUCGUACGCUGCACCCCUAGUUGCCAGCUCUGAAUACGGAGCCCCAGUGGAAUCAAAUGCGGCUUUGGUGUCGUACUCUGCAGUUCCACAAGAAGACAAUUACUCGGCGCCCAUUGAGGAACCUAUUUUUGAUGUCUAUCAAGCAGCUGAGGAAGCUGAAGAAUAUGGAGCUCCCCAGGAACCCAAGUAUGGAUCUAAAAUUCAGUCUGUCGCCAACCCUGCUCCAGGAGAGUAUCAAUCGACAGGAGACGUUGCUCAGUUAGCUGAGGACAACCAAAGUGGGUCGGUUUACGUUCAGCCUGAUUCAAAACCGAAAGAAGAAGACCUCUUCUAUAUUUACUACCAGGAGCCCAAGGAGGAGUCUCCAAAAUUUCAAGAACCGCUUUACUAUAAUUCAGCAAACCUCAAAACUCGUGCUCGUAAAAUCCGUGCAAACAAAAAGAGUGACAAGAAGAAAAGUAAAGCAAGUCUGAAGGUUGAUGUUGCAGGCAAGAAGCAUGGUUCCUCUCAGGAUUUGGAGCACAAAACCAUGAAAAUUAGCCCCUCCAGAAAAUAUCAACUUCUUAGCCAUUCCUUCUCUAGACUUGAGGGGAAUAAGAAGAAGAACGAGGAAAAAAACACAAGUUUGGCUAAAAUGUCGUUGGUUGACAUCAUCAUUGGCUUGACUUUAAGUUUGGUUGUGGUCGAGUCCCGUCCUCAACUUCAGCUCAAUGGAUUCACUCCUGUCAAUCAAUACGACUCAUCCUCAAGUUCUUCAAAUCUAUAUUCGUCGCCCGGAUCUUCCAACGACAACUCUUAUUCAGCUCCACAACCCCCGACAGGGUCAUAUUUGCCAUCCAAAACCCUACCCCCUCCUCCUCCUCCUCCUCUUCCGCCAAUAACAACCUAUAUCAAGGACAUUCCAUCGAUAUCCACCUAUGGAUCCUCAUCUUCCCCUUCAUCGUCAUCGUCAUCAUCUUCAUCGGGGUUCGGCGGUGGAAUAAGUUCCGGCUCCUUCCCUUCAGCCAGUACCAAUAAUCCCGCCAUUGUUCGAUCCAAUUUCAACGCACCUACGAGUCCAGAAGAUGAAUGGGACUACGCCUUUGAAACAUCCAAUGGCAUCAAACAAGAGGCACGAGGUCAGAUUCGAAUCAUUGAUAACAAACCCGUGGUGGUCAUGGAAGGAUCCUACUCGUAUACGGGUCCGGACGGUCUUCAGUACGAGGUGGAUUGGUACGCUGAUGAAACUGGCUUUCAUCCAUCCGCGCCAUUCUUGCCUAAACCGGUUGAGAUUCCUUUUCCAGAACAGCGUGCAGCUGUUGAAGAGCAGAUCCGGUUUGCACGUGAGCAAGAAGCUUUAGGUGUGUCCUUCAGUGAUGAGAACACCGUGGUGGCUGCGAACUCUGAGUUGCUGCCUAAUUAUCAGUCAUUCGGUGACACUUACUAUGUUUAGUAUGGAAAGAGGACCAACUAAUGAUCUGGGAUGAGUAUGGAUUUCAGGGACCUGUCAAAGGGCUUUUUGUUUUGGAAUAUUUUAAGUCAUUCAACAGCAUUGAAAAAAUGAUAAAUAAAGGAUACGGAAAGAGUGUCGAGUGUUAAAAAGA